CAAAAAGUGAGUUCAACAACAAGGCGUCAAUAGGGUUUGAAUGGAAGAAAAUGGAUGGAUGGUUAGUUGUAUCGGAUAUUCUUCGACGAUUUGCUUCAUUAGCUUAAGAAAAUAUCAACGUCGGGCUUGAAUAUUCGGGAAUUAUAUGUAUAGAUCUGACAAUUGUUGUUAUCAUCAUGGAUGGUCGUGGUCAGCCAAAUGCCCCACAGGACACACUGGAGUCAGAAAAGGAGAGACACAAUUAACAACAGAGGUGUUACUGUCAAGGGACCACUCUGCAGAUAUUCAGGAAGAACUGGACUCGGUGGAGGCGGAGCUUGAGUUGGUAGAGUUACAGAUCGCGGAGCUCCUUGAGAGGAAAACUGAGUUAACUUCUCGUAAGAAUGUGCUGCUGUCUAAACUGGAGGAUGCCUGUGAAUCUGCAUCUGCACCAUCUUCAUCAAGCAAGUCUUCCAAAGCUGCUUCCGUCAUGAGCUACGAGGAAAUGCAGCAAUAUGAAUGCACAGAUUUUGCCUGGUCCCAGGAUUUGACGCAGCAAUUAACGGAAUCCUUCAACCUGUCCAAGUUCAGACCAGUACAGUUGAAGGCCAUCAAUCUGACUAUGGCAGGAAAAGAUCUAUUUAUUGUGAUGCCCACGGGCAGAGGAAAAAGCCUCUGCUAUCAGCUUCCAGCUAUCUGUUCUGACGGUUUUACACUGGUUGUAACCCCAUUGGUGUCGCUAAUGGAGGAUCAGACCAUGUACCUGAAGUCCAUUGGCUUGUCAGCAGUAAUGCUGAAUGCUUCCAGUACCAAGGAGCACUCUAAGGCAGUGAUGGCUGGUAUGAUUGAUAAGAAGGCCCCAUUUAAGAUGCUUUAUGUGACUCCAGAAAAGAUUGCCAAGAGCAAAAUGUUUAUGUCUCGUCUGGAGAAAGCCAACGAUGCAGGCCUGCUGAGUCGCAUCGCUGUGGACGAGGUGCACUGCUGCAGCCAGUGGGGACAUGACUUCAGACCAGAUUACAAACGUCUCGGCAUCCUUAAGAGGCAGUUCCCCAAAGUACCACUGAUUGGGCUCACAGCCACAGCAACCAGCAGCAUCCUCAAGGACUGUGGCGAGAUUCUGUGUGUUCAAAACCCAGUCACACUCAAAGUGUCCUUCCACCGAAGCAAUCUCUAUUAUGAGGUUCGUGUUAAAAUUUCUGACAGCGCAUUGAUGAAUGACAUUACCUCACUGAUUAAGAACCGAUACAAGGACCAGUCAGGGAUCAUAUAUGUGCUGUCUCAGAAGGAUGCAGAUUCUGUGUCUGCUGAACUCCAGCAAAGGGACAUCAUAGCCUAUCCCUACCAUGCAAAUAUGAAUCCUGACGAUAAGUCUCGUAUUCAUCGCAAAUGGACCUCAGGAAAAAUCCAGGUGGUGGUUGCCACGGUGGCAUUUGGUAUGGGCAUCGACAAGGCCGAUGUCAGGUUUGUCAUCCAUCACACCAUCAGCAAGUCAAUUGAAAACUACUAUCAGGAGAGUGGACGUGCAGGUCGAGAUGAUCUUCCAGCAGACUGCAUUGCCUACUUUGGUUUUGCUGAUAUCUUUCGCAUCAGCACCAUGGUGGUGAUGGAAAAUGUUGGUCACAAAAAGCUGAUGGAGAUGGUGUCCUAUUGCCAGAGUGUGGACAGGUGUCGCAGUUCUGUCAUGGCUGUCCAUUUUGAUGAAGUGUGGGAUGACAUAGGAUGCAACAACAUGUGUGAUGUGUGCCGCAAUGCAGAAGACUUCCUUACAUUGGACAUUACCAAACACGCCAAGCAACUGGUGCAGAUUUUGGAACUGGCAGCAUCCAAGGAUGAGAAGCUGACACCUCUAAAGUUGGUAGAAGCCUGGAUGGGGAAGGGCCCCACCAAGCACAGGAAGCUCAUGGAGACUACCACACUGUCUAGGUUACAGGCCGAGGAUGUGAUCAUCCAACUGCUGCUCCAAGAAUACUUCAGGGAAGAAUUCAGUUUCACGCCAUACACGACCCACUCUUAUUUAAAGCUGGGCCGCAAAGCACCCCUGCUCAAGAGCCCAACUCACACGCUCAGCAUGAAGAUGCGUGCAACACAUGAUGGGCAUUCAUUGGAUGUGUCGCCUUCUAAUAAGGAGGACAUUGACGGGGUCACUAACUCCAUUGCCGCUUCAAGGCAGAAACAAAAAGCCCACAAGGACUUGUCCAGGCUAGCUGAACGAGACAAAUGCACACAUAUGUACGCAGCUGGAGAGGGUACGAACAUUAUGGCCCAAAAUAUCGUCGAGGUUGAAGUUCAAAUAAACGUACCAAAACGAAAAUCCAGCAGCCCUCAAAGAGAGAGAAAGAAAGGCCACGCUAAUAGAUCAACAGUGCCUACAGUGUCCAGCUCUCCAUCCCGGACCUCCGUUAUUUCCGAAACUGCAGCCGAGGAGCUGUGUGACCUGAGGAAGUACUACAGCAAACAGCUUCGCAGGAUAAACUACAUCUCCCAUGAGUACUUGGGCCAACCUGCUGAGUCGGGUGCGCUGGCUUGUAUACGGGAACCCUUCAGGUCCCUGCGACUUCCCCGCAGCAGGACAAUCACCCAGACAGCCAGAAGCCUGUGGACACGUGUCAGUAGUCGGAGGAAAUUGCUGCACAGGUGACACCAUCAAUGCUUUUCUGCUGCAGUUUUGUCGGAAACCCCUCUGCAAAUAAGCGUGUUUGUUAUGAAGACAGCACAUAUUUAUAUACAGUACACGAUCACAGACACAUAAAGUACAUUUUUUUAAAAACUGUAACGUCGUGUUUUCAGCUUUUAAGGGGGUGGGGUAUGACUAUCAUCGACACAAACAGUGUUACGCCACAAUAUCAUUUGGCAUGCAUACAUACAGUGUGUGUGUAGUCUAUUUGAAAAAAUUCCUCUCACUUCCAAAGACAUGCACCUGGGGAUAGGUUGAUUGGCAACACUAAAAAUUGGCCCUAGUGUGUGAGUGUGAGUGUGAAUGUUAUCUGUCUAUCUGUGUUGGCCCUGUGAUGAGGUGGCGACUUGUCCAGGGUGUACCCCGCCUUCCGCCCGAUUGUAGCUGAGAUAGGCGCCAGCGCCCCCCGCGACCCCGAAAGGGAAUAAGCGGUAGAAAAUGGAUCGAUGGAUGGACACAAACACAGUGUUACGCCACAAUAUUAUUUGGCAUGCAUACAUACACAGUGUGUGUGUAGUCUAUUUGAAAAAAUUCCUCCCACUUCCAAAGACAUGCACCUGGGGAUAGGUUGAUUGGCAACACUAAAAAUUGGCCCUAGUGUGUGAAUGUGAGUGUGAAUGUUAUCUGUCUAUCUGUGUUGGCCCUGCGAUGAGGUGGCGACUUGUCCAGGGUGUACCCGCCUUCCGCCCGAUUGUAGCUGAGAUAGGCGCCAGCGACCCCAAAAAGGGAAUAAGCGGUAGGAAAUGGAUGGAUGGAAACAUAGCGUAUCAAUCUGUGGCGCGAUCGCUAUUCAACACUAAUCAUUUGUAGGGAUGUCCGAUAAUGGCUUUUUAGCCAAUAUCUGAUAUUCCGAUAUUAUCCAACUCUUAAUUACCGAUACCGAUAUCAACCGAUACCGAUAUAUAUACAGUUGAGGAAUUAACACAUUAGUAUGCCUAAUUUUGUUGUGAUGCCCCACUGGAUGCAUUAAACAAUGUAACAAGGUUUCCCAAAAUAAAUCAACUUAAGUUAUGGAAAAAAAUGCCAACAUGGCACUGCCAUAUUUAUCAUUGAAGUCAAAAAGUGCAUUAUUUUUUUUAACAUGCCUCAAAACAGCAGCUUGGAAUUUGGGACGGGAAGGCUGAGGUGGGAGGGGUAGGAGGAAGCGGGAGUGUAUAUUGUAGCAUCCCGGAAGAGUUACUGCUGCAAUGGGUUCUGGGUAUUUGUUCUGUUGUGUUUAUGUUGUGUUACGGUGCGGAUAUUCUCCCGAAAAGUAAAUAAAUAAAUUGGUAAAUGGU